CAAAACCACAACUCUCGCAUACUUUGACCAGUAGCGGGUACUGGCUUAAUUCCAAUCACCACCACCGAUCUGCCCCACCCUGAUCUUUUGAGAGAAACAGCAAGCCGCUUCCCUUCCAUUGAAGAGUAGAAUCUCUCUCUCUCUCUCUCUCUCUCUCUCUGCCUUUUUCCUCUCUGGAACAAAACCCUAAUUCUCCUCAACCCCAUAUCAGGUAAUAAAACAAAAUCAAAGAGUUAACUUCCAUUUUCGUUUUCCUCCUCUCUCUCUCUCUCUCUCUCCUGCUGCAGCCAUCAACUUCCAUGUUCCAUGGGCUAGCUGUUUAUUCUCUUGUUUGCACAUACCAAUUUUCCCAAAGACACAGUAAAGGCAAGCCAAACACUGUCUUCUCUGAAGAUCAGAGGUUUAAAGAGAACUUGGAGAAAUGGAUUCUGGUAAUAGUGGAAGUGUGCAGUCCUCUAGUGGUGGAGAUGAGGAGUAUGAUUCACGCGCCGAGUCCAUCUCAGCUUUCUUGAACAACAGCAACAACCCAUUAAGUCAUGUUGGCCUCAUGCCUAACCCCCCACCACCACAAGACCACCACCACCACCACCACCAAACCCACUCCUCUUCAUCAUCCAUGUUUGACCCUUUAUCAAACUACUUUGAUCCUUUAUCAUCAUCAAGAUCACCACCGCCUCUCACAAACCCAAAUUCACUUCUCAAUCUUGAUAUGGUCUGGUCCAAAAACUUAAGAUCUGAGACGACUUGCACUGAUCUUGGUGCUUUUUUAGCUCCUUCAUCACCAACCCAACAAUUUUUUACCAACCAACCACAAAGUAGAGGCACUUUUCCUUCUUUACAAAUCUCCCAAGGACCAGAAAGUGGCACGAGAGGUUCGGGUUCAGCUUCAGCUUCAGUUUCAAAUGAUCAGGCCAAUACCACCAUAAGUAGCAAUAAUAUGGUUCGGAAUCCAAAGAAGAGAUCCAGAGCUUCGAGGCGUGCACCAACCACUGUUUUGACCACAGACACGACUAAUUUCCGAGCCAUGGUUCAGGAGUUCACUGGGAUCCCUGCACCUCCCUUCACAUCCUCGUCUUUUCCAAGAAGCAGGCUUGAUCUAUUUGGCACUGCUUCGACUUUGAGAUCAGCUGCCCAUUUGGAACAUCCCACGCCUCCUUACCUUUUAAGACCUUUUGCCCAGAAAAUCCAACAACCCCCACCAUUUCUCUCUUCUUCUUCUUCAUCAUCGUCAAUGGUCGAUGCUAUGGCUUCCACUACUCCAACUAACAUUAAUUCUGGCAUUAAUACUACUGGUACUAAUUCUUCAACUUCCAUUAACUACCAGCUAUCUUCUGAUUUAGGCUUUCUAAAACAGCCACAGAAUUUACUCAACAUCAACAUGCAAAACCCAGUUUUCAAUUUCCACUCUCUCCUUGAACCCACUCCUAAAUACACACUUACCAAUUCAGCCAUUCUUGGUGCCACCAAAGCACAACAAGGGUCGUUAGAAAUUCCAUCAAAUGAUUCACAUCUGAAAAUGGGUUCGCUCGAAGAUUUUGGUUUGAGCCAUGGCCAUGUUAGCCCGAACCUUACAGGACUCCCAAACAUAGUAUCAUCAUCAUCAAACACAGCAGUAAGAAGAAGCGGCGACGACGAGAACAACAACCACACUUCAAACUGGGGAGAUGGAGUGGGAUCAAACGGGAGUGACCGAGGGAUGUUAAGGUCCGUAAAUGGCAAUUACAGCAACUCACAGCCAAGAGUUGGCAAUGGGAAAUUGAACUACCCUGCUUCUUCAUCAAAUAUUAAAGGGCCAGAGAAUGUAGCAGCUGCAAGAAGUGAAGGUAUGGUGGAAUCAUGGAUUUGUUCUUCAGAUUAGCAAUUUUAAAAUUAUAUAUAUAAUUAUAUAUGUAUAUUAUAAUCAGCAUUAAGAAGUUAGAGAUCACAAACAGAAUUAAGCAAAAGCAAAAAUGAUGGUGAGUAUCUUUGAUGCAUGAAAAAGAAAGAAUAUUUUUUCUGUCUCUCCAUCUUAACCGUGACUUAAUUUCAACAUAAUAUUAGACACCCUUUUUCUUUUAUUUAUUAUUAUUUUUCAUCUUGAUUAUAUAUGUAAAUAAUAUCCUUUCUUUCA